CGUCUCGCGUUCGACAGUUUCGACAUUGAGUACAGUUACGACUUUCUAACCAUCUACGACGGAAGCAGUGAUAGUGCUCCAGUGUUACAGAGGUUAUCAGGUUACCAGAGAUCAAUCAGCCCCAUUAUCAGCACAUCCAACACGAUGUUUCUGAGGUUUACAUCUGACGGAAGUGUCACCCGUCAGGGGUUCCAGUUCUCCUACACAAGUCGUACACCAGACGAAUGCUGGGAUCCCGGUGUGCCGACCAAUGGGACAAGAGAUAACAACAGUAACUUUACAUCAGGACAGACAGUCAGGUACACCUGUAUGGCCGGGUAUCAUCUGUGGGGAACUGCCAAUAUAACCUGCCAGUCUAACUUGACAUGGAGUGAUGCUACACCAACUUGUGAAGUAGGAAGUAUCAUGACGGGUCCUUCCGGAGGCCCUGUGACGUCACCGAACUAUCCCAGUAACUAUGGCAACAAUGAAAGCGUCAGGUGGUUGAUUACUGCACCAGAAGGAAGCAUCAUUCGUCUCACGUUCGACAGUUUCGACACUCAGGGAUAUAAUGACAUUCUGACCAUCUACGAUGGAGCCAGCGAUGAUGCUGCAGAGUUACAAAGGUUAUUAGGUUACCAUCAGCAAAUCAGCCCUAUCAUCAGCACAUCUAACGCGAUGUUCCUGAGGUUUACAUCUGACGGAAGUGUCACGCGUCAGGGGUUUAACUACUCCUACAUAAGCAGUACUGCAGGCCAUUGCUGGGAUCCCGGUUUGCCUUCCAAUGGGACAAGAGAUAACAACAGUAACUUUACAUCAGGACAGACAGUCAGGUACACCUGUAUGGCCGGGUAUCAUCUGUGGGGAACUGCCAACAUAACCUGCCAGUCUAACGGGACAUGGACUGAUGCUACACCAACUUGUGAAGUGCUGACGCCUCCGGACAACAGAGGAACAGAGUUUGUGGUCGGCUUCCUGCAGAACUAUAGAGUCAGCCAAACCGAACUCGAGCUGCUCCUCACCAGCGCGAGUUCAGAACCCGCCAUAGUCACCAUCACUGCCCCAGGUGCCAACUACAUGGAGCAGCUGGUCGUGACUGACUCAGCUGUGCGGGUGAUAACCCUGCCGAUUUCCGUCAUGCUCAGGGGACACGAGCGGGCUCAGAAAGGCGUCCUCGUCACCGCCGACCGCGAAAUCAUCCUGUACGGCGUGAACAAAGGGGACAGCACCACAGACGGUUUCCUGGGUCUUCCUGUGGACGUUCUCGGCAGAGAGUAUUUUGUAGCUUCCUACACUCCUCCGUAUCGGGAGUAUCCGUCCGAAUUCGCCAUCUUCGGUGUUGAAAACGACACCUUGAUCAACGUCACUUUGAAGGGUACCGUUUACCAUAAUGGCAGGUACCACUAUUCUGGAAGCGGCAUCACGUUCUCGCUAGACCGUCUGGAGGCUAUACAGUUUGAGGGCCAGAACCUGUCGGACCUUACAGGUACCCACAUCGUAUCCGAUAAGCCGGUUUCCGUCAUGUCUGGCGUGCGGUGUGCAAAGGUACCAAACCAGUAUGCGGCAUGUGAUCACCUUGUCGAGCACGUCCCGCCCGUCAACACCUGGGGACGUCGCUUCGUCACCGUCCCGCUAGCCGGGCGUCGAGCAGGGGACAUCUUCCGCCUCGUGGCUGCCAGAGACGGCACCACUGUCAACGUCACUGGUGUAUCGCCUCGUACGCUGGACGCAGGCGAGUUCUGGGAGCUGGAUUUUUCGUCCAGCACCUACAAGUCCAUCACGUCAUCUCAGCCGAUCAUGGUACUCCAGUACAGCAAGGGGCUGAAUGCGGACUACACUACUGGGGAUCCCUUUAUGAUGUACAUACCGCCAGUGGAGCAGUUUGCCACCGACUACAUUUUUUCCACUGUCGACUCACUGUCCUCGGCCUUCACAAGCUACGUUAACAUCGUCAUAAAGACGUCACAGACGUCCGGUCUGACGUAUGACGGCAACCCGCUACCUUCCAACACGAUCUGGUCUCCCAUCCCUGACUCUAAUCUGUCCGCGACGCAGCUUUACAUCGGCACUGAGGGAACACACACGAUCAAGCACGAAUCUGCGACUAUCACAUUCUCUCUAAUUUACUACGGCUUCUCUCGCGCUGACUCCGUCGGUUUUCCCCUGGGUCUCCGACUGGCCAACAUGCCAGGUGGAUGUGACGUCACAGAACCAAUAGUCGGCGACGGCGUCGACAACGACUGUGACCUACUGGUGGACGAGGAGCAACUGAACGGAAUAGAUGAUGACAGUGACGGUCUCAUUGACGAAGAUUUGGCUGACACUAUAACAGAGACGACUAGUCUUAGUCUAGUCGACGCAACAACAAAGACGACCACUGUAUCAUCCAACACGACAUUGGAGUCGAACACUUCAUUUAAUACGACAGCAGACCUGACCACUUCACUGCUCAACACGACCACAACAACAGUCACAACAACAGAGCCGACCACAACAACAGUCACAACAACAGAGCCGACCACAACAACAGUUACAACAACAGAACCGACCACAACAGUUAAAACAACAGAGCCGACCACAACAACAGUUACAACAACAGAGCCGACCACAACAACAGUUACAACAGUGCCGACCACAACAGUCACAACAACAUAUCCGACCACAACAACAGUCACAACAACAGAGCCGACCACAACAACAGUCACAACAACAGAGCCGACCACCACAACAGUCACAACAACAGAGCCGACCACAACAACAGUCACAACAACAGAGCCGACCACAACAACAGUCACAACAACAACAACAGUCACAACAAGGGAGCCGACAACAGUCACAACAACAGAGCUGACUACAACAACAGUCAAACCAACAGAGCCGACCACAACAACAUUGUCAAUAAAUAUCACGACAACUCAGCUUUCAACUUCACCAGACGAAAGUGGGACGAUGGCUACAACAGCUGUUGCGGACUGCGGAUGUCCAUUGCUGCCCUCCCAUACUGAGGUUAGUCUGACCGCAACGACCACUGGCUCCGUGGCCACUUACCGCUGCAAGACGGGAUUUCAGUCUGCGAACGGGACCACAACGCUUACCUGUGGCAGCGAUGGGGAAUGGAAGGGCACACUGCUGACUUGUGAAGCCAUAACCCCCUGUAUCCGAUUCUGUGGGUUUGGAAGCUGUUUUGUUGAUGGCGACAUUCAGAAGUGUGACUGCAACACAGGAUACGGAUUUUUUGGUCUUUCCCAGUUUUGCCGAGAUAUCAAUGAAUGCGAAGACGGUUUGGACUAUUGCUUGGGCCGGCCAGCCUGUGUGCCUAACGCGAGGUGCAUCAACUCUCCGUACGGCUCGUACACGUGCCGGUGUCCCAGUGGUUAUACUGGUGACGGGAGGACAUCAUGUGAAGAUGAAGACGAGUGUUUGUCGGCUCCAUGUUCCGAGUUUGCCAACUGCACCAACACAGCAGGCAGCUACACCUGUCAGUGUCUGGACGGAUAUGUGGGGUCUGGCACGGUUUGCACAGAAAUCAACGAGUGCAGCUCCAGCCCAUGUAUCGGUGGAACGUGUGUGGAUAGGAUAAAUGGGUACACCUGUACCUGUCGUGAGGGGUUUGCUGGAGAGAGGUGUGAAAUAAAUGUCAACGAUUGUGAACCUCCACCCUGCCUCCACAAUGGGACCUGUAGUGACAGGAUCAACACCUACAGCUGUGACUGUGUGGAUGGGUGGGAGGGAAUCAACUGUGAAGAGGACAUGAAUGAGUGCACGUCUGAUCCUUGUCAACGGCAUGCUGACUGUGGAAACACAAACGGCUCUUUCAUCUGCACCUGUAAACAGGGUUUCCAUGGAGACGGAUUUGAAUGCACCGAAACUGAUGAGUGUGCGUCCGAUCCCUGCCAAAAUGGAGGAACCUGCAUAGAUGGACUUAAUAGAUAUUCGUGUGACUGUCCAAGUGAAUGGCAGGGCGUUAACUGUGAAAGAGAUGUUGAUGAGUGCCUCCGAGAAAAAUGCCAUCAGAACUCAGCCUGUAACAACUCACCGGGAAGCUACAGCUGCACAUGCAGGGAAGGUUUCUAUGGAAAUGGCCUCACACAUGAUAAACUCGUGUGUAGAGAAACCAUCCUUUUCCCUUACGGUGAAGAACAAGGGGACAUGUUUCUGCCUGACACAGACGACCGUAAAGACAUUUCUCUACCGUCUCUGAUUGACAUCAGUCUAGGGUUCCCUUUCUUUGGACAGUUCUACUACAGCCUUUAUUUCUCCGAUAACGGGUUGAUAAUAUUCCCGCCGACGGCGCAGUCCCGUGCGCGGAGAGAACCCUACCCGAACCCCAGUCUGUUCAGGAGGAACCAGACCGUACAGGCAGGAUUCCCUCCUAUGGUAGCAGCGUCAUGGGGAGAUGUGGAUCUCACAACGGACGUGGGGAAAGUCUGGUAUCAGGUGUAUUCUGAUGACAACUCAGUAGACAAUGCCACACAGACAGUGUUUGACAUGGUUACUACGAGGAUGUACCAGUCCUUCAGCGACACGUUUGUGCCCACCUGGGUACUGGUGGUGACCUGGGACGGUGUACCCUCUGUCGAGGCAAUGUACACAAAACAAAACCCAAACACAUUUCAAGCCGUCCUGGCCACCGAUGGAUCAGAAUCCGUCGCUUUCCUGACCUAUAAGGAAGACGAGAUGCUGUGGACCAAUGAAACCCAGGACGUUCUUCUCGGGUACAACAGCGCUAACGGUGUCAACUUCGAAAACAUCCGGCUGGCAGAUCCGUACAGACCCGACCGAGUCAACGGGAACACGGGGCUGAAAGGACGAUGGGCGUUUAAGUUGGAGAGCGAUGCCACACGGAAAACGAACUACAAGAAGCUGUGUCGUGACUGGUACAAGACAGAGCCAGACCCUUCAGAGUGGAUUGUAGGAGAAGGCCUGUGUCCCUGCACGCUACUUCAAGCACUAAAGGACCAACGCUUCGCCCCUGUUACAUUGUCACCCUUUAACAUCUCCCUAUUUCUUCUGGGCAAUCAAGAUCAGGAAGUUUGCUUCAGUCCUCUGUUUGCCAGCCCGACUGGUUCCAGUGUAGACUGUUGUUACAAGUUCCUGGCCCUGAACACUGAGAUACCCCUGGCUGGAAGUCAUCACAGAUAUCAACGGUUCUCCCAACUGCACACUGACUUUGACGUGAAUCCCGAGUCCUGGUGCUGUAGCCUGUCUGAUGAUAAAGACUUCUGUAACCUGUACUAUGAAAAGAGGCCUCCAAACAGCUGUUCUUUCUACAGGCCACCACGUUUAGCCAUAACGUGGGGAGAUCCUCACAUGAAGACACUAGACGGUCUCGCCUACACGUUUAACGGGUUAGGAGAGUUCACCCUUGUCAAGACGAGUGGGGCCAGUGUUGAGUUCAGGCUGCAGGGGCGCACAGAGAAAGCGAUCGGUACCCAGGGAGCAGCUGAGGCUACAGUCUUCACGGCAUUCGCGUCAAAACAAGAUGGCUCCUCGACGGUUGAAAUGGGUAUGAACAAAGACCGGACAAAUAUGACACUAAUGGUGGAUAAACGGCCCAUCAACAUCACUGACCUACAGCAGAACGGUGCGCAGCGUUUUGCCAAUCUGACUCUUCAGUACAAUUUCAACUCGAACCAGACCAGUGUGGUCGCCUCCUUCUCUUCGGGAAUUACAGUGACCGUCACGCUCCAGAAACUCAUGCUGAAUGUACAGUUCGGAGCACCGGAUUCUUUCGAGAACACUACCCGAGGCAUGCUGGGUGUUUGGAACGACAACAUUUUGGACGACUUCACCUAUCCUAACGGCACGGUACUGCAGGCACCAGAGGACAGAAAUCUAACAGAGGAAGAAAUAUUUCCAUGGGGAUUAUCAUGGCAAAUCAGACAAGACGAAAGUCUAUUCACCUACGAGGAUGGGAAAAACGCAACUUCCUUUGCCAAACCAAAUUUCAGGCCAAAGUUUCUCAACCAACUUCUAGCUGCUGUCUCCGCCGAAAAACGAAGCAAGGCUGAUGUUCUGUGUGGCACAAAUGUAGAAUGUCUCUUUGACUUUCUCAGCACAAACGACGCAGAAGUGGGAGAACAAACCAGAUCAAGUAUUGUGACUUUCGAUUCAGACGCAGAGACACUGGCCAACUUUCCACCCAACAUCACAACCAACGCCACAGUCAAUGGAAUAGUUGGACAGCAGGUGGAACUACAGGUCAUUGCUGUUGACCCUGAGGACAAUCCUUUGAGGUAUUCCAUUGGCAACGUCAACAACAUUCCUGGGGCAACCAUCAACUCCGUUAACGGUAUCCUAAGGUGGACUCCCAGAAGCCUACUACCAGUGCAACUAGAGAUUAUUGCCCAAGACAACAAAGGAGCCUCUUCGUCGACCUACCCCAUGGUGAAACUCUGCAAUUGUCAACACGGUGGAAUCUGUAACUUUGUCACUGUGGACUUCACUGGAGAGAUCAACCCUGUGGGACAGUUCCAGGUUGUUUCUUGCUCGUGUCCUGAAGCCUGGACAGGAGAGUUCUGUGAGACUGAUAAGAAUGAAUGUGAGGAGGACCCGUGUUAUCCAGGAGCGGCGUGUACAGAUAUGGUAGCACCUAAACAUGGCUUCGAAUGCGGACCAUGUCCCAAUGGUCUGGAUGGGACUGGGGAGAAGUGUUAUGAUAUCAAUGAGUGUGUGCAAGGUCAGAAAUGUGAACAGCCCCAUAACUGUGUGAAUAUCCUGGGCAGCUACACCUGUGGCUGCGACCUUGGUUACACCCUAGACAGCAAUGGCCUCAACUGUACUGAUAUAAAUGAGUGCGACAUUAGCACAGCUGAUUGUGCAGUUGAGGCAACAUGCACCAACACAGAGGGAAGCUUUACCUGUACCUGUGCUACCGGAUAUACUGGCAAUGGGACCUACUGCGCAGAUGUUGAUGAAUGUGCGACUAGUGCCUCCUGUGAUCGCAAUGCAGUAUGUGACAACACUGUUGGAUCCUACACAUGCACAUGUAAGGCUGGCUAUGAAGGCAGUGGACGCAGAUGUGAGGACAAAGACGAGUGUGUUGAUCCGGACAUCUGCCACACAAAUGCAAGAUGUACCAACUCCAUCGGCUCCUACAGCUGCAGCUGCAACUCUGGUUACCGCCGCAAGGGGGCAGUGUGCACCAACGUGGAUGAAUGUGAAGAGCUGCUGGACAACUGUAGCCCGGGGCAGGGGAUCUGUUCAGAUAACCCUGGGUCCUAUAGCUGUGCGUGUAGGGGUGGAUAUGAAGGAGACGGGAUCACAUGUCAAGAUGUUGACGAGUGUUCAGAUGCUGCUCUGAACAACUGCACUGAGAACGCGGAUUGCACCAAUACGGAGGGCUCUUAUAACUGCCUGUGUACAGAUGGGUAUGAAGGGAUCGGUACAUUCACUUGCACUGAUAUAAACGAGUGUGUGAGUGCUAUAGAUAACUGUGCUCAGGAGGCAACCUGCACAAACUCUCCGGGAUCUUACACGUGUUCGUGUAACGCGGGAUUUGUCGGGAACGGAAUUCAGUGUGAAGAUAUUGAUGAAUGUGUAAGGGGAGAAGCUGACUGUGACAUCGACACAAAAGCCGUCUGUACCAACCUGAUUGGAGGCUACAGUUGUACAUGUUAUAAUGGUUACGAAGGAGACGGUAGGCACUGUACAGAAUCAGUGAGGAGGAACUGA